CUGGGCUGUGGUGGAUGCUGUUUAAUUGGAGACACCUGUGGAUCCGAGCGUGCACCUGGACCCAGCAGGAGCUGGCGUGGGCGGAGGUCCCAGGAGCAUCCAGCGCAUCGUGGCCACUUGAGAGUCUUGAGGCUCAUACUCAGUCCUUGGGACAGUGGAGGGAACAGAGAAGUGUGUCCCCCUAUCACAGAAGCAGGUGGGUCUCCGCUCUGCAGUCGGCCAUGGACUGGUGGUGGCAGCUCUCAUUAGGGCUGUGGAUAGCCACACCCAUCUGGGCUGGGGACAAGCGGCUCAACGUCUGCAUGAAGGCCAAGCACCACAAGCAAGAGCCCAGCCCAGAAGACCAGCUCUAUGAGGAGUGCAUCCCCUGGAAGGACAACGCCUGCUGCACAGCCAACACAAGCUGGGAAGCCCACCUGGACGUGUCCCUACUCUACAACUUCAGCCUCGUUCACUGUGGCUUGAUGAUGCCUGACUGUCAGAAGCACUUUAUCCAGGCCAUCUGCUUCUAUGAGUGCUCCCCAAACCUGGGGCCUUGGAUCCAGCAGGUGGCCCCAAGGGGGCGGGGAGAGCGAGUUUUGGGGGCACCACUAUGCCGGGAGGACUGUGAGCAGUGGUGGGCAGACUGCCACACUUCCUACACCUGCAGAUCCAACUGGCACAGCGGCUGGGAGUGGAGUCGGGGGAAGAGCCGCUGUCCGCCAAGGGCCCCCUGCCGUCCUUUCCCCCAUUACUUCCCCACCCCGGCUGACUUGUGUGAGAAGAUUUGGAGCAACUCCUUCAAGGCGAGCCCUGAGCAUAGGAACAGCGGGCGGUGUCUGCAGAAGUGGUUCGAGCCUUCUCAGGGCAACCCCAAUGUGGCCGUGGCCCACCUCUUCGCUAGCCCUGCCCCAUCCUGGGAACUCUCCUGUGCUCUCAUGGCCUUCUCUCUGCUCCUGUUAUUGCUUUCCUGAAAGCUCCUCUUCUCCUGCCCACACCCCUGCACUCCUGCAGCUAAGGGCCAGGCCUGACCGCCUCUUUCCUUGGCCCCGCCCUGAAACAGAGCAGCACAGGCUGGGGGACUAGUGGGACAUGAGGCUGCAGGAGCGGGAUGGGGGGGAGGGGGCUGAGCCUUGCACCUUUAGUUCUAGAUCCCCUCCACUGCUCCACUCUGCCCUUCCCUGCCUGGAAGGAGCCAGGGGUGGGGAGUGACAAGGCAGCUUGCCCAAUCCUGCCUUUAAGGCUGGUGAUGGGUCUCUGACAUGGCACCCCAGGCUCUUCUCAUCCACAAACGCCCACCCUUUCCCCGGCCCAGCUGCUGGUGACAGCCCUGGGCUCCCCUCCCAGGAUGGGGCCUCCACUACACCAGCAGCUGAGCUGUCCUCUCUGUGUGGCCUACUCUGUCCCAGCUCUGCGGGCAGGAGUCAGGCUGCGCAAAGAGGGGGUGGUCUGCCUGCUGCACUGAAGUCCCGGAGUUGGUUGCUCCUUACCUCAUAAUGAUGAACUUCUUUAGCGCACACCAGACCCCCUCGUUAUAACCUUACACUUCUCAGGUGGUAGUACUUUCCACACACCCUUUUCUUUUUUUCAGCAAGAGAUACACUGUACAAAAGACCUAAAACCAGAGGGAGGGUGGGGCCGCCCAGAUCAUUGGCUCUAUUUCGGACACCAAGAUUGAAGCAGUGGCCUCAGCUGCUUUUGGCUUUCCCUCAGCACAGCCCAGAAUUGUGGACACCUGAGUUCUAAUCAGCUUUCCCACUUCCUAUAGCACUUUUGGCAACUCCUCUAAAUCAUCUAAGACUGUCUUGGCUUCCCCAUCUGCUAAGAGGAGUGAGGCUUUGGAACCAGAGGAUCUUAACUUACAAAAAGGAAAUGGAAACAGUCAGUGCCAUUGUUUGCUGGGAUGCAGUGCAUGCUGCUUAGGCAGCGCCGUGUCCCGAAGAACAAGACGGAGCAGUCAGAGCCAAACUACAGAAGGUGCCCUGAGGAGGCCUUCACAUCCCUCUUGUAAGUGGACUGGCAGCUGCCUGCACACUCAGAACUUCCCGGAGCCUGAAGCCCAGUAGCUUCCCAGCAGAAGUGGUCCCUUCCAUUCAACCUGUUUUCCCUUUUUGAUAAAGAGAGGCUUCUAAUGUUUCUGACCUGAGUUAGUUGGCUUUUCUAACAAUAACCCGUUCUUGCCAGAUACCAGCAAGCCCUGCUCAUCAUUUGAAUUCCACCUCUAUUCUUCCCACGCUCCCCUUGAACAUGCUCCUCACUGAGCAAACCCAGCUACAGAGAACUCGUGUUCUAAAACCAACAAAAGGACCUCCUUUCCGAGUGAGGUGCUCAGAGUCCAGAGCAGGGGACAGACAGCGGCAGUUCUCUAGAAGUCUGCAAGAAGGAGGGGCGGGGGUCCGGGGAGGCCCCUCGAAGGGAGUGAGGCUUAAGCCCCACUGAAGAAGGGUCGCUUUAUUGAGAACAGAAAGAAAACGCCAGACAUGAACUAUAGGAAGCAGGACCUUUCAUUGCUCCUAGUCAAUAAACUGUGGCUUCAAAAACAUAGGUUAAAUGUCUUAAGAAUUCAGGACUAUUAUGAAAUGUCUGAGGGUGUGUGCUUAGUAAUAAAGCUGAGAGUUUAAUCAGUUUUUUUUUUUUAGUAUUCUUAGUUAUAAAUGUGGAAAAUAGUCAAAGAGGGGUUAAAAUUGGGAAAAAACAAGACUAGUUCUCAAAAAACAAGACUGUUUCUCAAAAUAGCCCCCCUAAUGGGGGCCCUGUUUGUUGGUUACUCACACUGCGCCUGGGGCUCCUCUAAGCCCCUGUCACUCUCGUUCAAACCUCACAGAAGCCUUCAGAGGUACUCUCGUCCCCCCGUUUCUCAAAGUGGGACAGAAGCAUGUGGGGGUUUGAAACCAAGUAAGUCUGACCCCACGGUCCCAGCUCACAGCACACAGCCCUUUAAAUCACUGAGCGGAGCUGGGGCAAACACAGGGACUGCAGCGGGAGGGGGCUGGCUUGUGGCUGGUCAUGGUCAGAAAAGAGAGAAUGAGCUCUCUCCCCAUGUGUAGUUGAGAGGAGUGAUGAACUUGAAGUAGUGGAAUGAAACUGUCAGAUUUGCAGAUAAAUUAUCUUUUUAAUCAGAGUAGUCCAUGCACAUGUCUAAAGUACUUACGUCCAAGGCUCUCUAACAAUGACAGAGCCCCACUCAGCCAGCCCCUUGGUCUCGGGACCCCUGCCGAGGGGCACCCACUUUUAACCAUCUCUGGAUUUAGCUGUGCAAAAGUCGACAAAAGGUGGUGUCUUUUCUGCCACACAUUCAGGCUGUUUUUCCUCCCCCCUCUAUUCUGUUAGCGUUUCUCAGCUUAA